AUGGGGGACAUGAAAACCCCGGAUUUCGACGACCUCUUGGCCGCCUUCGACAUCCCGGACAUCGACGCCAACGAGGCCAUCCAUUCCCACCACGAGGAUCCCGAAUCCCACGGGAAACAAAUCCCGGGGGACCCCGGAGCCGCCGUCCCCACGGAGCACGUCCUGCCCCACCCGGACAUCUCGGCCGUCAGCGUCAUCGUCAAGAACACCGUGUGCCCGGAGCAGCUGGAAAACUUGGAUUCCCGAGGAAAAGAUGGACACGGGAUGGCCCCGAGGCUCCUCCAGAACGGUUUCGGAGCUUCUGACGCGGCCAGAUCGCCGAAUUCCCGCGCGGUGGAGGCGUCUUCCAACGGGGAGUGUUGGGGCAAGGAGAAAAACCCCAAAACUUUGGAUUUGUUCUCGCAUUUCAGCCCCGAUCCCAACGAGGACGGCGCCAAUUUGAUCGACAGAUCCCGGGAAUGCAAAGCCAAGGAGAAAUCCCUGGCCGUGCCCUCGCUGGCUCCGUCCCCCACCCCGUCCUCCGUGGAUUGCAAGGAACCCUUGGGAGAAACGGCGGAGAGCUUGGAUCCCGCUUUUCCGACGCCGUUCCGGGCCGCCGACGGAUCCCACCCCAUUCCCUGCAUCAAAAAGGAGGAAUCGGACUCGGAGGAGGCUCCAGCCAGGAGCUCCAGCCCCAAGGGGUUGGUGCUGGAUCACCUGAAAUCCGUCACCGUCCGCUAUUCCGCCGAGGAUUCCCCGUGGCCGGGCUCGGAUUCCGGGAUCGACGCCGCGGCCGAGCUCAAACGCUCGCCCGGGAGCCCUCGGGAAUCUUUUUCCUCUCCGGGAAUUCCCAUCCCGCCUUCUUCUUCUUCUUCUCCCAAGCUUUUGAAGGAAGAACGGGAAAUGCUGGAGAAAUCCGUGAGGAGCCCCCCGAGCGUUUCCAGCGGCGAGGAAGAGGAGGAGGAAGAGGAGGAGGAGGAAGAGGAGGAGGAAAACACCAACUCGCCGUCCUCCAGCUCCUCGCGGCCGCUCAAAGUCCGCAUCAAAACCAUCAAAACCUCCUGCGGCAGCAUCACCAGGACGGUCACCAGGGUGUCCUCGGACUCGGAACCGCCCUCCGCCAAAACCCCCAGCGAGCAGAAUUCCCAGGAAACCACGGAGUGUCCCGCCGGCGCGGACACGCCCAAGGAAAAAUCGGAACUUUCCAGCCCCUUGAAAAACACGGAAGGGCCGAAAAUCGUCAGCGUGCAGCUGGGCAACGGCACCAAGCUGAAGGGCACGGUGCUGCCGGUGGCCACCAUCCAGAGCGCCAGCAGCGCCAUGCUGAUCGCCGCCAGCGUGGCCCAGCAGAAAUCCGUGGUUCUCCCGGCAAAAUCCGGCAAAUCCGUGGCGAAAAACAUCCUCAACCUCGUGCCUCAACCCCUCCCCAAAAGCGACGGCAGAACCAACGGCGCCCCCAAAACCAACGGCGGCGCGGCGGCGCCGAAAUCGGCGCCGAGCGUCGCCGGCACCGUCAUCUCCCGCAGCCAGUCCAGCCUGGUGGAAGCUUUUAACAAAAUCCUCAACAGCAAGAACCUGCUGCCCACCUACAAACCCAACCUGAGCCCUCCGGCCGAAUCCAGCUUGGCUUUGCCGCCUCUGGGCUACCGGUGCCUGGAAUGCGGCGACGCCUUCGCCUUGGAGAAGAGCUUGGCGCGUCACUACGACCGGCGCAGCAUGCGCAUCGAGGUGACCUGCAACCACUGCACCAAACGCCUGGUGUUCUUCAACAAGUGCAGCCUGCUGCUGCACGCCCGCGAGCACAAGGACAAAGGUUUGGUGAUGCAGUGCUCGCACCUGGUGAUGAGACCCAUCGCCCUGGAGCAGAUGAUCGGCCAGCCCGACAUCACCCCGCUGGUGUCCUUGGCUCUGCCGGCCGCCGGGAAGGUGGCUCAGGACGGAGGGAAUUCGGCGCAGGAGAUGCCGGUGUUGCCGUUGGGGUCGGAGCAGAGCAGCUACAGCUGCUUCAGGUGUUUGGAGUGUAAGGAGCAGUGCAAGGAUAAGGCGGGGCUGGCGGCGCAUUUUCAGCAGGUCGGGGUGGUCACCAGCAGCAGCAGCACGGUGUGCUCGGCGUGCCCCAUGAUCCUGUCGAACCGCUGCAGCUUCAGCGCCCACCAGCGCAUGCACCGCAGCCGCCCGCCCCACGUCUGCCCCGAGUGUGGGGGCAACUUCCUGCUGGCCAACUUCGAGGGGCACCUCAAGGAGUCCUGCCUGCACUUCUCCCGCAGGGUGGGCUACAGGUGUCCCAGCUGCUCCGUGGUUUUCGGCGGGGUCAAUUCCAUCAAAUCCCACAUCCAGAGCUCCCACUGCGAGGUUUUCCACAAAUGUCCCAUCUGCCCCAUGGCCUUCAAAUCCGCCCCCAGCGCCCACGCCCACGUCUACACCCAGCACCCCGGCUUCAGCAACCAGCAGUCCAAGUGAUGCCCGGCGUCUGCUGGAGCGGGGCUCGGCUUUCGUCCCGGGAAAAAUGGGAUGUGGGGGAGUUGGGAAUGA